UUUCAAACAUCCUUAGCCGGCAAUUUAACACCCAAAAUUAGAGUACAAAAGCGACCAUCACAACAUUGAUCACAUCUAUUUAUAAAUUAGUCUCUUUUAAUUAGCCUUUAAUUCGUUAAACUAAAAAAAUUAACCAACUAAUGGAACUUCCGUCAAACUUAUCAUUUGACGAAGCUAGUCCCAAAUGGAUGAACAAAGGCGACAAUGCAUGGCAAUUAACAGCGGCCACACUCGUCGGCUUACAAAGCAUACCGGGCCUCGUAAUCUUAUAUGGUAGCGUGGUAAACAAGAAAUGGGCAAUAAACUCCGCAUUCAUGGCAUUUUAUGCAUUUGCAAUGGUCAUUGUAUGUUGGGUAGGAUGGGGUUACAACAUGUCAUUUGGCGACAAAUUCGUCCCCUUUUUAGGAAAACCUGCCGUCGCCUUAGAUGAGAAAUUCUUGCUAGAAAAAGCAUUUCUCGGCAACUUUCCGACCGCGACAAUGGUGUUUUUUCAGGGAGUUUUCGCUUGUAUAACGUUGAUUUUGAUCGCUGGUUGUCUCCUCGGACGGAUGAAUUUUCGAGCUUGGGUAUUGUUUGUUCCUCUAUGGCUCACAUUUUCUUACACAAUUGCUGCUUUUAGCAUAUGGUGUCCUGAAGGAUGGCUCGCAAAACUUGGGAUUAUUGAUUUUGCUGGAGGUUAUGUUAUUCAUCUUUCUGCUGGUGUUGCUGGUUACACGGCAGCUUUUUGGGUGGGACCCAGAUCGGAGAAGGACAGGGUGAACUCCCCGCCAAACAAUAUGAUUCUGAUGCUUGCAGGCGCAGGACUGCUUUGGAUGGGGUGGAGUGGAUUCAACGGUGGAGGACCCUUUGUAGCCAGCGUGGAUGCAUCUCUAGCCGUCCUUAACACACACGUAUGCACUUCCACUAGUAUACUCACUUGGCUCCUAUUGGACACUUUCGUCUUCAAAAAGCCCUCUGUUUUUGGUGCCGUCCAGGGAAUGAUUACCGGUCUCGUUUGUAUCACUCCUGCUGCAGGAGUUGUACAAGGUUGGGCAGCCAUGAUAAUGGGGGUAAUUUCAGGUAGUAUUCCUUGGUUUACAAUGAUGAUUCUUCAGAAAAAACUGAAGAUCCUAACACUAAUUGAUGAUCCCUUGGCCAUAUUCCACACCCAUGCUAUUGCGGGUGGUCUCGGAGGUAUACUUACAGGAUUUCUAGCUGUACCAAAAUUGUGUCGACUUUUUUUUAUGGUUCCUGAUUGGAAAAAAUAUACCGGGUUAGCAUACAGUUUCCAAAAUAAUGAAACUCGCGCUGGAUUUAGACAAUUGGGAAUUCAAUUAUUAGGUAUUGUUUUUGUUACAUGUUUAAAUAUUAUUACGACUAGUAUAAUUUGUUGGAUUAUCGGAUUAGUUGUUCCAUUAAAAUCGUCUGAAGAUGAAUUGCAAGUCGGGGAUUAUGCUAUCCACGGAGAGGAAGCUUUCGCAUUAUGUGAAGAUCGAGAUGGGAAUAAAUUUAAAAUUAAUAAGCAUAAUUCAAUUUAUGAUGGUGAAAAAGAGUUAUCUUAUUUUCAAUCAAGGUCUUUUACUGAAGUGUAAAUGGCGCAAGUGAUAUUAGCAUCUAUAGCCAAGGUUCUAUCUGUCUUAAUUAUUCAUGUGUGCAUAUGUUCUGCACUAUUGACAUAAUGGAAGCAUGGAAUUAUGAUGUAGAAACUAUAUUGUUUCUUUUAUGGUUAAGCAUAGAUUGAAUCACAGUUUUA